AUGAGUCAGCGUGCGGGGCUCAUGCCACUUCAAUCCAACACAACUGCGGAAUAUGCUGAAAUUGAAACUGUGGCAGGAGUGUGUCUCGUUGGAAAAAAAAUUUCAGGUGAAAUACAAGGGCUGUGUACUGGCACGGUAGUAUCUUUCCGCGAAAGCAUUGUCUUAGUUACCAGUGAAAGGAUCAUUCCAAGUAAAGAAGAUUUGGCCAAGGUGAAGCAAAAUUCGAAUGAGUGGAAUAAGGGCGAGUACGUUUUGUGCUUCAAGCCAAGAAAGCCGAAAAACGAUCUGAAAAUAUACAAGCUCGACGAUGUUACUAAGCCGAACGAAGGAGUAAAUUUCGAUCAAGGUUUGGUGAUGAUUCAUUUGGAUUCGAAGAAACUGAGUGAUCGCUUUAAAAAAUAUCGCCCUUUCAAAUCCAACGACAAAAAAAUAACUGAUCCCAAGCCUUUUAACGACUCAAUUUGCCAAAUUGUGAACGGAAAUUCUAAUCGUUUUGUAGUAGAAUCCUAUGAAAUCAUAUACGAUAAUGGUAACGAAGUUCUUCGUGCAAGAUCAACUCCCGGAGCAUCAACUUUUGAUACUCUGUCAAAACUUACUGCUGGCGGGGCUGUCAGUGAUCGUCUUGCCUUUGGAGGUGGCAUUUUCAAGAAUGAUGCUUUUGUUGGUGUUCUCAUUUUCGAUGAUGAUGAUCUGGGUCAAAUUGUGGCUGUGCAGUGUUGGUUGGGAAAGCUCGUUGGUAAGUAUUGUGGAAUGUUCUCGAGAGGGAGUAGCUGAUACCCUGGAGAUGGAGUUGGAUAUUUAGUUAUUACCGGCAAGAAAUUGACAAGUCUAAUUUUCCCAUUAAUGGACUUUUUAGGUAAGGUACUUUAUAGUGACUUUUUGACAGAAUAUUGAGUGGUGCAUGGCCUGUGAUUAAAAAGCCCUCCAUGUGGCAAUCAUAGGGUGACGACAGACAACAAAAACAUGGACCCCUUUUUUUGGAGUGGUUACCUGGGGCCUGUUUCGAAAGUCCAGCUAACUUUUCAGGCUCGAAAGGCUGUUUUAUGUUUGCCAUGUUUGCAUUAAAGAUCAAAGUUUAAGUAAUUUUGAAAUGAUACAAUGAAACUGUCAGCUAACGACGCAAAAUUGGCCAGUUUGUGAGCUAGAUAGGAACACUGCUACUAUGCAACAGGUGUUGAUUUUAACAUUUGCCUUCGACUUUUCGGGCCUUUCAAGAAAUGGGCCCCUGGACUACUUAUAUGGACUGGGUCUAUGGACACUUUUUUGGUCUCCCCCCGCCCAAAAAAAAAAAAAUUAAUUAAAGAAGGAGAAAUGAACAAUAAACAUGACGUAAAAAAACAGCAUCUAACACCAUCGAAAAAAACUGAGAAGUUAACACAAGAAAUAAUGGAAUUACGUCAACAAUGCACAAUGUAUGUCAAUGUUGUACUUAAUAUUUUAUCUCAGUUAAUUUUUAUUUUGCCAUUGUUUUUGGGUAUGAUAAUGUAUGCUAAUAAAUUUGAAACAAAGGAAAAGAAAAGUUAAGUGAAAUAAAAAAAAAUUAACUGCAACAUAAAAUCAGGAUUCAAGGUCAACAAAAAAGAGGAUCAGAGCUGCGGUCAGUUGAUUUUAUUUGACUGAAGUGGAGUCAAAAAGUAUGUUAUAGUUCCAAAUGAAUAUUAAUUUACCAUUAUAUAUUUGUCUAACAAUAAUUAAAAUUGUCCUGGUUAAUUUUCAGUUGAAAUUUGGAGGAGCCUAAAAAUCAAAAUAUUAAAUGCAAAGUAUGAAAGCCCACAUACAUGUACUUGUUACUGAGUAUAACCCUGCUCUUCCUGGCUGGUUUAAACGGCAUUUUGUCGUUUUACAUUUAGACAUCGCAUUAAUUUUACUUAAUAUCGUAAGAAGUAAAGGCUGGCUGUGGGAAAAACAGUCCAUUUUCAUUCGAAGCACUAUGAAUUUCCAGAUAAUCAACCAAUCUGCUCCAAAUUGGGAUCAUUUAAACCAUAGGUAACAUAUGCUCCUCUAUCUUGUUCACCUUCUUGGGGUAACAAAUGGAAAGAAGAGGCAUGAUCCACAAUGAAAGUCAAUUUAACUGUCAAGGGAAAAAAAGUAAACAGCAAAAAGAAAUAAUAUCCACAAAGCAGUACGAUAAUACAAUAAUAAUGAUGAUAAUGUUAAUAAUAGUUAUAAUUCUAAUUAAUAACGAUUUUGUGAAACAUAGCCCUGUAAAAAGUAAUGAUAUAAGCACCUGUGUGGUCUUUAUCAUAGUGUUUGCAUGUGCACGGAAGAUGAUUUACUUUUGUGGCCAUCCUCGCCUGUAAAAAGAUGCCCAUGCAUAUAACCAACAUAGCUCCCUGUAUCACACAGGUUACAUUGAAACUGGUACACUACACACUGUUGAUGAACCACUUGUGGUUUUGUCUCACAUUUGUGGAGGUCCUGGCCAAUUUUCUUACUCACCAAUACGGGUUGGAUUGUGGUAUGGAGCUUAAAUAAACUUAGGUCUUUCAACUGAGUCUUAACAAUUGUUGCCGAAUCCUGCUGGUCCUUAAAAGCCAUAACUACCCGAGUCAUGUCGCAUCUUGUCAUUUCCGCUGAGGCCUGCGAUGGCUGCAACCCUUGAGCUGACAAAAUUGUUAAUGGUGGAGUUGAUAAUUAAGGCAUUGAGGGUACUUCAAAUGUGAAAACAGAGACUUCAAGUGCUCACACUCCUCUGAAAAAUAAAACCAUGUUGAGGACAAACGGUACGCGCGAUCAAGCAUAGUUGUUAAUAAGCUUCAUUUGUAACGGUUGUCAACAUGAUUAUGGUAGCAGAGAUACCAGUAUUAGUAGGCUUCAUGUACACCUUAGUCUCAAUUUGGGGCACCCAGUUGAAAAAUUAAAGCUGGGUUCUGAGGAAGCUAAGGGAAGCACCCCAUCCUUUUCAGUCUACAUUGUAAAACUGACAGCAGAAUGGGGUGGUUAAGGUUGUUUAAGAAAUCCAUAGCUGUAGUUUGAUCAGGCUCCACAUUGAAAUGUUGGAACAUUAUAUUGUUACUUAUUACAUGUCAUUAAGAAUAAGACCAUUAAUAAUAAUAAUAAUAAUGAUAGCAGAAGCAGCAGUAUAGUAGUAUCUUAAUUAAUUUUUUUUCAGUCAUAAUCCUCGCUGAACGAGUUUGUAAUCUUUACGUGUGCAGCGUAUGUGGUUCAUGUGAGGAUCACAAGGGGAGUGAUGAUGUCAUAACGUUCAGCACAUAACGUUAUUUACGCAAAAAAAUACUUGUUGACUCCGAUCAUUACGAAUUUGGGAUGACAUAAAACGUGCUAAAAAGAUGUUGGCAUUGUAACAUUUGACCUGAUUGGUUUACUUCCCACCAAUCACAUUAUUGCUUAUAUUACAGUGGCAUACCGGAGUUUUUUUGAGAAAACGUUUGAUGUUAACAGUUAAAUAGCUCAAACAACCCAAAAUAUUUGAAAUUUUAUUGUCGGAAAGUUGAGUUCACAAGAAAUGGCAAACUUCAGCGAUUAUCCUUGAGAUUUCAGACUCUAAUCCUGAGUCCGAGAGAUACUGUCCAAAAUCUGGAGUCUCCCGGAUAAUUAUCCGCGAGAGUUGACAGCCCUGUGUCCUCAACUGCUAACAUUUGACCAACUGCGUAUGCAUUCAGGUUUUUCUAUAGAAGUUGGAAACUUCUGUUUGUAGCACAAUUUUUGAAUAGUGUCUGCUUAGUGCUCCCCAUAAAAUGAAUGCCACGUUAUUUUGAGCAGUUUUACUUAAAAGUACAGUGACUGACCUUUUGGAAAUAAUUCAAUUUUGGCCCGUUUGACUGUUCUCAUACAUGUGUCAUCAUAGAGAAAAGAUAAAUAAAUAAUGGUUCUAUGUCAUUUUCACUGAUGUUUUUUUUUCUGUAGAGUGUUUUCGCAGUAAGACCAGCAUAACUGAUGGAACUGAUGAGUCUGAAAGGGAUGAUAUCUCCUCUGAAAGUAGGUGACGCAUUCAACAACAAUGUUAAUUUGAAAAGCCUUAGAACUUCUGCAAAGUCUUGUCAAUCAAAAGUAAUGCAAGAGCUGAGUGGCCAUGUAUUUUCAAACCUAUGUUGAUCUUUGUUCCUAUAUUGGGUUAUUCCAGAAAAAAUCCACACCCCCACGACGGAAGGCACGGUUUUUUGACCCCCCCAUCCACCUGGAUUUCCAAAACUGCUUGAGCCUUCCUCCACUCAGGAUUUCCAAGUUCAAAGACCCCCCCAGCCAUCUGGAUUUCCAUAAAAUUGUUAGACACUGUGAUUUUACCACUCAAUGUGGAAGAAUCCUUUGGGCACUUAGAUGAUCUUUUUAUUAAAUAAGUCUCAAUUUUCUGUGAAUUCUGUGUUUGUUGUGAACGUUAAGAUUCCAUUUUCACAUUUUCUCAACCGGCUUACACUUUUUGCAAAUAAGCUCAUAUUUGAGUGAACUUCUCUUUUUUUCUAGAACAGGCAAAAUAUACAGCAAUAUGUACCACAAUAAAGCUCAAAACUGUGUUCUCGAAUAAAUGGUUCUCUUCUUUGUCGAUAAAAAAUGACCCAGAGAGAAAGAAAAAGGACACUUUGCUCGAUAUUACAUGACGCGCUGUACCACUUGCCACAAGACUUGCCUUUCAAAAUGGCCGCCUAACAAUCAUGAACAACCACGCUUACAAAAUCAUAGGGAGCCCGCACAAUCUGUUUGUUUAGCCGAUUGUUAUUUUAUAGUAAAUGUUCUGGAUUUACCGUUUGCCUGACCUAUAGCGAUAUGUCGCUAACUAUGUAUAUAAAUCAAUGAUAAAUAAACGUUGAAUUACCUUACCUGUGGUAUAAUUAUAGUCGUCCUUUUACCUCAAAAGCAGUUUUUUGAGUGAUUUUGAAGUAGUUUGAAUUCGCCAUUGACUGUUCCUUAUAAUAGAAGGACAAGGGUGGAAUCCAUGUUUUGAAAGGGCUCCAGUGCCGCAUCGCUCCGCUCUCAAACCCCGUAGCGAAAAGGUAGAAAGAUUCACGUUUCUCCUCGUACCUUUCAAUCAAAAAUCCAUCCAA